GUCAUCGAGCAUCACGUGACAGCCGCGACGGCAAUGGCGAACGGCCUUGGCCGCUGUCGUCUGCUCACCAAAGAAAUUCUCGAAAAUGAAUUGCUGCCGUCGAUCACCUACGUUCUCAGUGAUUGCGACGGAGUGCUCUGGUCAGGAAAUAACGCCAUUCCGGGUUCAUCGGAAGCGUUGUCCGUACUCCGAAAGCUUGGCAAAAAAGUGCGCUACGUGACCAACAACAGUUCUAAGUCAAGACAAGGCUACGUCGAAAAAUGCAAGAAACUCAACUUCGACGCCAGGCUGGAAGACAUUUUCACGGCCCCCUACUGUGCCGUGUUAUACCUCAAGAAGAUCAACUUCAGCGGAAAAAUUUAUCUUAUCGGCACGAAAGACUUUUUGAGCGAAAUCGUUGAUGGUGGAUUUACCGUGUGUGCACCCAUCGGGCCAGACCCGGCCCCCAACGACUGGUUGAAAUGGGCAGUCGAGGAGAUGACACCAAACCCCGAGGUAAAAGCUGUGGUGGUGGGCUUUGACGAGCACAUUGGCUUUGUGAAGUGCCUGAAGGCGGCCACCUACCUCAAGGACCCCGACUGCCUCUUCCUGGCCACCAACACCGACGAGACUUACCCGUGUCCCAACAAGAGCAUCGUGGUGCCAGGUACCGGUACGAUGGUCGCAGCAGUCACAACGGCAUCCCAAAGGAAGCCAAUCGUCGUCGGGAAGCCGGAACCCUUCAUGACGGACUGCAUAAGGUUCCGGUGUCCAGACCUGGAUCCUGCCAGGACGGUGAUGAUCGGAGACAGGUUGAAUACAGACAUCCAGAUGGGACGGAGGGCGGGGAUGAAGACCAUCCUCGUCGGCUCCGGGGUGCACGGCCUCGACGAUGUGCGCCGCCACGUGAGAGAGGGGAAACUGGACGACUUGCCAGACUUCUACGUCCCCACGCUCGGGGACAUUGUGGACAUGCUCGCAUGAUUGUAGCUGCGGAGAGUUCAAUCCGAACCCCUUGUUAUAGCUGCCUCUUGCGACGGUAAAAAAUUAUAAUUUAUGAGCCUGCACGGUUGCCACAAUGGGAACAGUGUAGCAGAGAAGAUGGUAUGAAACAUCGCCAGUGUAUUUAAGGUAGAUGAAUGUGUCGUUUUUCAUUUUGUCAACAGUGUGGUGUUGGCAAGCAAAACACAUCAUUACGUUAGUGAAAAAAAAAAAAAAAAAAUAGCAUAGUGCCACUUGUGUGUAGCCUAAUGCUGAAUGGUUUUGUCCAGGCACAAACAUUAGCCACAAUAAAGUUAGUACAACCGAC